GCCCAAGACCCGUAAUAUGGCGGGGAGGAGGAGGAGAAGGCGGCGGCGGAUCGAGCUGCUUUCUGUCGGUACCAAUUGAGCCUUUUGCCUUCUGACAAGUCCCGUGGCGAGGGGAGAAAAUCUCACGGAGCCGUGGGAAAUCAGUGUGAUUGUGAGAAGAUGGAGGAAUAUGAGAAGUUCUGUGAAAAAAGUCUUGCCAGAAUACAAGAAGCAUCAGUAUCCACAGAGAGCUUUCUACCUGCCCAGUCUGAAAGUAUUUCACUUAUUCGCUUCCAUGGAGUGGCUGUGCUUUCGCCACUGCUUAACAUUGAGCAAAGAAAGGAAAUGCAACAGGAAAAGCAGAAAGCACUUGAUGUAGAAGCAAGGAAGCAGGUUAAUAGGAAGAAAUCUUUACUGACUCGUGUCCAGGAGAUUCUUGAAAAUGUUCAGGUUAGAAAAGCACCUAAUACCAGUGAUUUUGAUCAGUGGGAGACUGAAACAGUUUACUCUAAUUCAGAUGUCAGAAACUUGAAUGUUCCUGCUACAUUUCCAAACAGCUUUCCAAGCCCUACUGAACACUCUGCUUUAGUAAAGCUUGAAAAGAUAGCUGGAAUUUUGCCAUUGGAGAAUGAAGAUCAAUGUAAAACUAAUGAGAUAGACUUAGCCAGAGAUUCAGAAGGAUUUAAUUCUCUGAAGCAAUGUGAUAGUUCAGAUAUUAGUCAUGAAGAAAAUGAAGCUUUUCCAAAGAUCUCCUCAGCAACCCUACAAGAGACUCCUAUUUCUGAUAGUGUCUUGUCAACAAAUGAAGAACAGGAUCCAUCACUUUUGGCAGAAGUCACCCUGGAUCCCUAUGUAAUGAGCCUUCAGAAUCUGAUGAAAAAGUCAAAGGAAUAUAUAGAAAGAGAACAAUCUAGACGCAGUCUGAGAAGUAGUGCAAAGAGGAGUGUUAAUGAGAGUCAUUCAGACAAAGAAAAUGAUGCUGUCAAAGUGAUCAACAGUGUAAAGGAGAAGGCCCAGUUGAUAAGCAAACACUGUGUCUCAGUUAUUCCCGACAAACCAAGCCUUAAUAAAUCAAAUGUUCUUCUCCAAGGUGCUUCAAUUCAAGCAAGCAGCAUGAACAUGCCAGUUUUAGCUAGCUUUUCUAAAGUGGACAUACCUAUACAAACUGGCCAUCCCACUGUUCUAGAUUCUGAUUUUAAAGUUAUUCCCACUUUUGUUACUGAAAAUAAUGCUAUCAAAAGUCUUGCAAGUUCAUAUGCCAAAUUACCUACUCCAGAGCCAAGUGUGAGUCCUAAAAUGCAUCGAAGGCGUUCCAGGCCAUCAUCAGAAUGUCAUAUACUUAUAAAUAACCCAAUAAAUGCCUGUGAAUUAAGCCCCAAAGGAAAAGAACAGGCAGUGGACUUAAUUGUUCAAGAUACUGAUGAAAAAACAAAUGUAGCCGAAACUGUGCCAAAGUUACCAAUUAAUUUAGCAGGAGUUUGUUCAAGCAAGGUAUAUGUCAGCAAAAAUACAUCCGAAGUCGUUGAGGAUAUGGUUUUAGGUAAAUCAACAGGAAAUCAAUUAGAAAAUAAAGUUAUUCAUGGACUUGCCACUGCGGAAGGUCAGUUAACAUCUGAUGAGAGAGGAGCGUACAAAAUGAAUAGCACUUGUAUUGCCAUGCCAAAAUUGCAUGAACCAUAUGCCACCAAUCAGUGUGUAGCAAGUCAGAACUUUGGAACUCUGAGUGGACUCAAGUCAGCCAGUAUGUUAGAGAAAAACUGCAAUUUACAAAUGGAAUUGAAUAAAUCUUAUGAUGUAAAAAACCCAUCUCCUUUAUUGAUGCAAAACCAGAAUACCAGACAGCAGAUAGACACACCUAUAGUGUUCUGUGGAAAUGAACAAUUUUUGGAUAACAGUUUUGAGAAAGUGAAACGGAGACUUGAUUUAGAUAUUGAUAGUUUGCAAAAAGGAAACUGCCCUUAUGUCUUAACAACUGGAAUAGCUGAACAGGAAAGGCAACAUUUGCCAGAAAAAAGCUACCCUAAGGGAUCUGUCUUCAUUAAUAAGAAUAAAAUGUCAGAAACUAGUUCCAAAGAAAACGAGGAGAUACUAAAAAGCAAGAUGUUUGCUUUUGAAGAAAUGCGGAAGAGGCUAGAAGAACAGCAUGCCCAGCAGUUAUCACUACUCAUAGCUGAGCAAGAAAGGGAACAGGAAAGACUGCAAAAGGAAAUAGAAGAACAGGAGAAAAUAUUAAAAGAGAAGAAGGCAAUUACAGCAGAAGCCUCUGAAUCGGACAUUAACAAUGUGGUAGAGUUAGAAUGGAAAAAAAUAAGUGACUCUGGUUUGCUAGAAACAAUGCUGUCUCAAGUGGACUCACUCCAUACUUCAAAUUCAAAUAGUUCUGGUUUCACAAAUUCUGCUCUACAACAUAGUUUUGGUUCUUCGAAUGAAGCACCAUUCUACCUCUGGGGGUCAUCAACUAGUGGCUUGACCAAACUCUCAGUAACAAGGCCUUUUGGAAGGGCCAAAACUAGAUGGUCUCAGAUUUUUGGUCCAGAAGUACAAGCAAAAUUUAACAAAAUAACUGCAGUAGCAAAAGGAUUUCUUACUCGUAGGCUUAUGCAGACAGAUAAGCUGAAGCAACUUCGACAGACUGUAAAAGAUACUAUGGAAUUCAUGAGAAGUUUUCAGUCAGAAGCACCAUUAAAGAGAGGCGUUGUUUCAGCACAAGAUGCUUCACUGCAGGAAAGAGUGUUAGCUCAGUUGCGAGCUGCCCUGUAUGGCAUUCAUGACAUAUUCUUUGUAAUGGAUGCAGCUGAAAGAAUGUCUAUUCUACAUCAUGAUCGAGAAGUUCGCAAAGAGAAAAUGCUCAGGCAAAUGGAUAAAAUGAAAAGUCCACGAGUGGCUCUUUCAGCUGCAACACAGAAAUCUCUCGAUAGGAAGAAGUUCAUGAAAGCUGCUGAAAUGGGAAUGCCUAAUAAGAAAUUUCUGGUUAAGCAAAAUCCUUCUGAAACAAGAGUCCUUCAGCCAAACCAAGGACAGAAUGCACCUGUUCAUAGGCUACUUAGUAGACAAGGAACCCCUAAGACAUCAGUGAAGGGGGUUGUGCAAAAUAGACAGAAGUCUUCACAGAGCAGAGUGGUGCCUAACAGAGCGCCUAUUUCAGGAGUAUAUGCAGGAAAAAUCCAAAGAAAGCGGCCAAAUGUUGCGACAAUUUAAGAAGACAGCAUUCAUUAGGAUAAAAAGGGGGGGUGGAGGAUUAUUAUCAUUAUUUUCCCUGCCCAAGACUUUUUAUUUAACCCUGGACUCUGUUUACACAAAGUGACAUCAAAAGGCUGAGCAGUUAUCUGGAGAACUUGGUCAGUCUGGCUAAUUCCUGCCCCAUGCCUCCAUGUUCCUCUCAAUAAUAGGCUUGGGUGAAGACAAAUUAGUGUUUAGGAAUUGCCUCAUCUCUGUGCUUAACU